GCGUGGCCAACGACCUCCUAGCGCUUUUUGUGUGGCUAAGUUAUAAGCGUUGCGUUUUUACAGAGCCGCCGCCGGUUUACCGCGUAGCGGGUGAAGCCAAGAGACUUUGAGUCGUGUUCGUAGAAGGGAAAAACGCGACAAUGACUUCGACAAACACUUUUCAGGGCCUUGAGGACGGCGCAAAACCGAGUUCGAGGGUUUUGCGACCUCCUGGUGGAGGCAGCAGCAACAUAUUCGGUGGUUACGAGGAAGACGCUGGCGCUUCGAGACGGCCAAACAAGAUGGCCUCGGCGAUUUUCGCCCCUCCAGAGGAGCCUCAAGGAGGCCCCAAACGCUCCAACCCUCCAGGUGGAAAGAGCAGUGGGAUUUUCACUGAGCCUGCGUCAUCUUCCCCACAUCAUAAGCCCCUGCCUCCGGGUGGAGUGACAAACAACAUCUUUGGAGGGCCGGAAUCAAACCUGCCUGCAGUUAAGAGUCAUCCCAACAAACCGAAGGACAGCAUAAGUUUGGGUUCAGCUGUUAAAGUUGAAGCACCAGCGCCUCAACCAAAGGAGCCAGAGAAAGUGAAGAAGGAAGUGGUGGUCUCACCUCAGGCUACCCCCACGAAAGAAGCUCCCCCUCCUGAACCCACAGCCAGUCCGGCUGCUGAACCGUCCUCCAAACAGCCGACGGAGAAGGACCACGAGCCGCGCCUCGGACCUCGGCCACGCUCACACAACAGAGUGCUCAACCCGCCUGGUGGAAAAUCCAGCGUGGUCUUCUAUUGACUGGCGCUGUGUGUUCUUUCUGUCCUCUCUCAAUCAGUCACUCUCUCGUUCUGUUCUCUCUUUUUAACACUGCUACUUUUUUUUUUUUUAAAUCACUUUACCAUCUUCAUGGUCUGCUUUUUUUUUUUUUUUUUUUUUUUUUAUUCUUUGCUUUAGUUUUCCCUCUUGCACUUUCUAACUCAUUCCUUAAACAUCCCUCUUCCUCGCUAUCUGACGGUUUGAGUAACGGUUGCGCUCAAUCAAUCAAAUGGUUCCUUUUUCAUCAGUCAGACUUGGAGGCUGAUUGUUUUAUGUGAAUGUGCUCUCUGAAUUUGAUAUUGUAUAGAAUACAAGUCUGAUGAUGAAAUGUAAAGUGUGUGUGUGUGUGUGUAAAACAGUAAACUGGAGCCACUGUCGUAAUAAUGGCGCGUGUAUGUAUCUCAGUCUGAGUGUAUUCUCCUGCAGCAGUUCACAAUCCCCCGUCCCACUGCUCUGCAAGCUUUGCUGCAUGGUGCUCUCAAAAGAAGACACAAAACCAGCAAUAAGUCCUGAGGACUGAAGUUUUGUUCUAGCACAGCUCUGAAACUCCGCUGUAAUCAGCGACAUAAUAGUCUGGCAGUUUCUUUACCUACCUACCCCCCCCUUCCUCAUUGGAGAUUUCAAUGUCCUUGGGCUCUCAAGCAGUAUAGGGAUGUAGGAUCUAUUAACAGCAUCCUUCUUCUGUUACACGAUGUACUUAGGAACACACACUGUUCAAGGAGAUGCAGCCCAACAAUACCAAAAUAAUGGCACGAUCAAACCAAAAAACUCCACACCGAUGAUCCAGUUGUAACGCACACAGUAGCACAACAGGAUGCUGACUCCAGAGAAUGCUCAUACUCCGCAUGGGUUCUUUAGCCAAAAAUAGAUCAAGUCCUUUUAGUUAAAUACAAAUCCUAAAGGUAUUUGGAACAUCAGAUGUGUUCCCUUGCAAGUAAAUGCUCUUGAUAAACCGAUGUUCUAGAAGUCAUUUUGUACCAAAUACCAAAGUGUUAUGAUUUCACACUUGAGUCUGUUUUUUUUUUUUUUUUUUUUUUUUCUUACACCUCAAGCUGCCGGUUUAAAUGGACCUGCAGCAGGGAGACAGGUGAAGGUGUGUUUCUCAUAUGCCGAUGGAAGCACUGCCCAAAGUGCCUGUGUAGUAGAAUGGGAGUUACAAUAAACAUCUAUUUUGAUGAUUCAUA